UUUACACCGGACUGGCAUGGACAUUCUUGGUCAUCUACCUAGAUAACACUAAUAUCCACUCGCCGAUCUUCGGAAGUCACCUCGACCACCUAGAACAAACAUUCCAACAGCUCCAAGAAGCAG